AGUCACUGCCAAAGCCUCCUCAGAGAAUAGGUAGAGCCUUGGGGAGGCUGUGGCAUUUGUAGUUUUUCUUUUUUCAGCACACGGAAGGAUAGCACCAUCCUCAAAAUCAAAUUACUCUUAUGUCACAUCUAGUAAAUCACUCUUACCAGCUGCCACCACUGAAAGCAAAAACUCUAAUUUCAUUUUGUCCUCUUUCUACAUCUAAGUAUUUUCUGUGCUUUCUGGCUUUCACUACAUGGUCUGUGAAGCCAGACCUUAGUAAAUGGCAACAGAGGUGACAAGAAACCCGUACAAGACCUCUCAUUAAGUUUCUAAUCCUACUCUCACCCCCCUUCAGCCCCAGCUCUGUUUCUCAGUCUCUGCUGCUGUGGGAGAUCCUGCAGACAGAUGGGCUUCCAGAAGCAGGAAUGUUUUCAGAUGGGUUGAUUAAAAAUGAUGAAACUAAUAAUGGCUUGCACAGGCAAAGCUCACAUAUGCUCUUGGCACCUUUCUUCUAGCAGGAAUCAUUAUAAGGAACAAGUAAGGGUUUGGCACGCAGGUGUUUGUGCAUCUCUCCCCUCUCUUGCCCUCCAUAGCCCAAAUUUUGGCCUUAUUGCACAGCUUGUUUUGAACAUAACAAAGGAAACUCUUUCUGAAGGUGGGAUGGAUUACAGUGUCCCUGGCGCUGUUAGUAAUGGUGAAACGGUGCCUGCACAACCCAGCAUGGAGAAGGAGAAAGAAGAGGAGGAUGAGACUCUGGAGCGAGGGCAGUGGAACAACAAGCUGGAAUAUGUCCUGUCUGUGGCUGGGGAGAUCAUCGGCCUGGGAAAUGUCUGGCGCUUCCCCUACCUCUGCUACAAGAACGGUGGAGGUGCUUUUUUCAUCCCUUACCUCAUCUUCCUCUUCACCUGUGGCAUCCCUGUCUUCUUCCUGGAGACGGCACUGGGACAGUACACCAGCCAAGGAGGUGUGACGGCCUGGAGGAGGAUCUGUCCCCUUUUUGAAGGAAUUGGUUAUGCCUCACAGGUCAUCGUUGUGCUCCUGAACUUCUACUACAUCAUUGUCUUGGCCUGGGCCUUGUUCUAUCUCUUCAGUUCGUUCACCAUUGACCUUCCCUGGGGCAGCUGCGAUCAUGAAUGGAACACAGGGAACUGCAUGGAGUUCCAGAGGGCGAAUUCAACCCUAAAUGUGACCAGUGAAAAUGCCACCUCCCCAGUCAUCGAGUUCUGGGAGAGGAGAGUUCUGAAGAUUUCUGAUGGCAUCCAGCACCUGGGCAGCCUGCGCUGGGAGCUGGCCCUGUGUUUGCUGCUGGCGUGGAUCAUCUGCUACUUUUGCAUCUGGAAAGGGGUCAAGUCCACAGGAAAGGUGGUGUACUUCACAGCCACGUUCCCGUACCUCAUGCUGGUAGUCCUGCUGAUCCGAGGAGUCUCCCUGCCUGGGGCAUCCCAGGGAAUCCUCUUCUACCUUUACCCAGACCUCAGUCGACUCGGGGAUCCUCAGGUAAGACCGGUGAAAAAAAUGAAUGGGUGAAUUGUGCUUGCCUGGA